AUGGUGCAUGUGGCUGGUCUGUUGUACAACCUUCACGUGUCGCGAGGAGCUUUCAAGAUUCGCUUUAGAAAAACUUCGAAUGGACGUCAUGCCGUCGGCGCUCCCGCCGAACAAGCGGAGGCUUAUAACUCGUCGAUUCUCGAUUCUUCUCCCACUCUGCUGCUCAUCAUCGUCGCCUUCUUCAAUGCUGGGACGUCUGAAUGUCUCGCAUCGACCACGGAAAGCAGGUUGGCCAUGGCCGCCAUGCAUCUCACGACACCGACCGCCAUGGCUCUCACGGCAGUGGCCACGGGCAAUUCGGCAGCCAGCAAUAGCAUUGUCUGGUGA